CAUGAGUUGAAACAUGGUUAAGACGUCAGCAUCCAGCGGCAAAUUCAUCCGAAGCCAAAGCAAAACAAGCACACUUGACUUGACAUCCUCCCAUCUCCCAUUGAUCAAGCGAACGCAAUCUAUGAUACCAUAGCAAUUGUCCGCUUGACUUGGACCAUAGACGAGUAGCAUCGAACCCUUGAGUCUAAGAAAGUGUAGAAGGGUUUGCCAAUGGCUAAAGCAAGAUAACAUACGGUCAGAUGCUUGAGGGAGACCAGAGUUAGUUUCUCAUCACUCCUUUGAGCACAACAGGUAUCAUACCGAAGCCAUUGCUACCGUCGAUCCAAGCGAAGUGAAGAAUGGGCGCUUGCAAUUCCACCAGAUCCCGCUUUCGCGCCAGGGAAGAAGAUACAAGCCGUCAUGUAACAUAUUCCUUCCACGAGAACUUGGUGCGACAAAGAACUGGAAGACAUCGAUUUGACCAGAUCUACGAAGUCCUGGAGGAGAUUGGCAACAGCGGCCUAUGCACAAUUUAUCGCUUGCGAAGACGACAAAUCUCCACAGGCGGUGGAAGCUCCACCAAGAAGCUGGCUGCAAGACGCAAUUCAUGGAACCGAUUGAAGAGUGGAAGAUUCAAUCAUCGACAACAACCAGCAUCAUCACCACCCAAACGAGAAGAGCCAGUGGCCGAAGGCUCCGCCAAUAGCAACAACAACAAGGAAAUCUUCUUCGCUCUCAAGGUGAUCCACCUUUCGCUCGUGCAAGAGGACAAAAUUGAUCAACUCACCAGUGAGGUCGAAUUCCUCAAAACAUUGGACCACAAAAACAUUAUCAAAGCGUACGAAACUUUCUCAUUCCCACACACCAAGACGCUAGAGAUUGUCAUGGAGCUAUGCACAGGGGGUGACUUGCACGCACGUAUGCCAUAUACCGAGGCCAGUGCUGCCAAUGCACUCAAACAGAUUCUCAGUGCCAUUUCCUACGUGCACGAUCGAGAAAUCAUACACAGAGACAUCAAAUUCGAGAAUAUCAUGUAUGAAAGCAAGCAUCCGGAGGCCUGUAUCAAAGUGAUUGAUUUCGGAUUGUCCAAACAGUACUCCAUGGAUAAUCCAGUUCUUACCGAACGAGUUGGCACACUUUACUCCAUGUCACCCGAAACCAUGCAGGGACACUACACGACAAAGUCGGAUCUAUGGUCGAUUGGGGUAGUGCUAUUCAUGAUGUUAUCCAACGGCGACAAACCAUUCGAAGGGAAAACUCCCAAACAGCUCGUAGCGCGGGUGCUGAUUGGCGAUGUUCGCUUUGAUGGACCCCUCUGGAAAGAUAUUUCUACCGAGGCACAAGAAUUCAUCAAAACACUCUUGCGGGUGGAUCCAGAGGACCGUGUGACGGCACAUGAAGCCAUGAAGGAUCCUUGGUUCACUCCCAGCCCAAUAACAACAUCCCAGUCGCCAAAGUGCAAACGAGAUUUGAUUGAAAAGGUGCAGGAGAGCAUUGUGAAAUUUGCAGACACGGGCGAGUUUCGAAAGCUGGCACUCAAUGUCAUUGCCAAGAAAUCAACGUCCGAAGAGAUCUUUGAACUUCGCAAAGUAUUUGAUGAAUUCGACACCUUGAACUCGGGGACCAUUACACUUGUGGAGUUCAAGCAAGCUCUUGUCCGAUUCAAUUACAGCGAUGAAGAAAUUGAAAAGAUAUUUCGCAAAGUUGAUGUCAAUCAAACAAACGUCAUCAAUUACACUGAGUUCCUGGCAGCCACCCUAGAAACACAAGGAACGAUUGAGGAACACAGGCUUUCGGAGUGCUUUGAAGAAUUUGAUACGGACGAAUCAGGCUACAUUUCGAGAGACAACCUUCGGGUGUUGUUGGGAAAGCACAGCAGCGAAGCCUUCAUUGACGUGCUGAUGCAAGAAGCUGAAGCGACAAAAGAUGGACGUAUAACUUAUGAGCAAUUCCGACGAGUGGUUUCCAGGCGGAAUCGAAGAACUCUUUCUAAACUUUACGACGAGUCUGGGCAAAACCUCCCCGUGGUGUCAGAGGACGCCAUCGCUGACGACAACGGUAGCAUUGCAGAAGACGAGGUGUUACAAAGAUUUGGUAUCAUUGACAAAAUGCAUCGCUCUUUCAACAAUCUUAGCACCAAAAUAUCCAAGGAAUCGAGAUAGUACAGCAGAGCACAAUCAGAGCAUCAAAAUAUGGGAAAAGAACCGAGUUCCCGAUCAUCAGUUGUUGGCUUUUUGUUUCGCGAUGACUUCAGAAUCAUACUUCCCACCCGGAAUCUUGGCAUCGAGUCCGAGGAGAUUGCCUGCUUCAGCGGGGCUCAUCGACUCGUCGUCGUCUAUCUUGAGAGCAGCGGCAAAUGUGUUCGAUCGGAACGCCUUCAAGAAUUCCUGAUAGCUGACUGCAGAGUGCAGAGAGCAAAAGGUUGCCAGUGAGAUUUGUGACAAGCAAUGAUAUUCGGUGAUCCAAAGAGUUCUUACUUUUCCCAUCCGAAUCUUGGUCAACGCUCUUGAUUAUGUCAUCGAUUUCCUCCUCUUUACAAUCGUGGCCAAGGAUUUCGCGUAGGUUCUCGCGUGAGAUGAAUCCUUGAUUUAGAUUAUUAGUCGGCAUGAGCACAAGGAAACCGUCAGCUCUGUUUGGUGCAAAAACUUAGAGAAUCCUACUAGUAACGCGGCUUUGCUUACCGGAGUCAUCGCUGUCCAAACGAUCAAAGGCAGCUGCAACCCGCUCCUCUUCAACAUAACCGUGAUACUCUAUUGUGGCCGCAAGGAACUCAGUAUACUGCGAGCACACCGAGUGGUUAGGACACUGGCUCGACGACAGCAUCACCUCGGGAACAAAGGGGCAAAACUUACAUUGAUAUGACCCGUGUUGUUCACGUCCUUCGUGCAGCAACAAGAUGUUAGGACAUGGCGGUGGUGUAUUUGAGCACUCCAGGCGGCAAUAGGCGCAACUUACAAUGCUCUCAAAGACGUCCUGCAAAAGCUCAUCAGACAUGCCGGAUUCUUUCAGUGCAGACUCAAAUUCCUAAUGACGGGCCAGGAAAACACUUCAAGAUCAGCAUAAUCAGAUCCAAGCGAUCCAAUCACGGCAAAUCCACGGUCAGAGCGAAUCCUACCUUGUACGAGAUCACACCAUUCUUUGCCGUGUCGUACUUCGAGAAGAGCUUGCGCAGUUCCAUGAUUUCGUCGGUUCGUGAAUUGUGCGCGAUGACAUUGAGAGCCAACUUUUUGAGCGUUGGUGUGUUUUUGUACGCAAUGAAACUAUUUUGCAGACCCAUGACAAGUUCCUCCGAAGGAGCUUCAUCGGAGUAUUGAUUUUGAUGUUGCAGCCAGUCAUGGGCCAGCGCACCGGUGGCAUUCAGGCGUUCCUUCGGAUUGACAAUCAAGAGGUUGUCGACAAAGUCUUUCCCAGCGGGCGACAUUUUGUCCCAGAUCGGGCCUUCCAUCUUAUAGUCUGCCCUCAUGAUUUUGUCGAUCAUUUUCCUACGCUUUCGGUCCGCAAAUGGUUUUUCACUCGACAUCAACAUGAAGGCGAUGACACCGACCGACCUGGUUUGGUAGAUUGGUCGAGGUUGCUUAGCAAAGACAAAGACAACAUGCAGCAAAACUUUGCAGCCCAAAAGAGUAAAACCGGCAUUUUCGCGUGCUGAUUAACUUACCAGAGGUCACAUUGACUGGUAUAAAUUCCCUGGAGCACUUGGGGAGCCAUGGUGUAACUGAACGAGGAACACCGUACAUGUAUACGUCAGUGACAAAGCAAGGCAGAGAAGAAAACCACGAAAAGUACCACAGGUCCCAACUCACAUGGUCCCAACUCCCUCCUUCAUGUGGUGCUGCUUCCCAGAGCUAAACUUCUUGCUCAAGCCAAAGUCAAGGACCUUGAUUGGGGAAUUCGGGUCGGCAACUUCAAACAUAAUGUUCCUGUAAGGUAGGACGGAGUCGAGUCAGAGUCAUAUCGUCAAUGAUCAAGAACAGAAAACAAAUCCAAGGGAUAUGAGUGAAAAGCCACUUACUCGAACUUGAGAUCGCGAUGGACAAUCGCAUGGUCGUGCUGUAUCCAAGAGUAAGAGAAGGUAUCAACAAAAUUAGAGAAUCCUGCCGAUGCACACCGGUACAUAGCAUUGGCUAGAUGACGCAUCCUGAAACCAAACCUACCAUGUAUUUCACGGCGGAGGACAGCUCCCCAGUGAUACGGCAAGCAUCUUUCUCCGAGUACGGGCUAAAGGAAGCAAGAUCACCACCCUGGCACAACUCCAGGACAAGAUAGAUAUUCUUCUUGUAAUUGUAAACCUAAAAGGGCGAAAGGACUCUCAGUUAGGUCUCUCUGGAAUGGAUGUAAAUUGAGUAGUGAGUUUGUUGAUGAUGACACUGACCUCAUGUGCCUUGACAAUGUUUGGGUGAUCGGUCGACUGAAGAGGGGGAAAUGGUGUUGCAAGUGUCAUUGAGUAACAUGGUCCAGCCAGAACGUGCCAUGAAGAAACAUGCACGCUCAGAACAAAACGACAGCCAUUUCGCGUACC